AUGGCUGGAGUCUCAUCUGUUCUUCACAUAACUCUCUUUCUUUGUCUCAUCACAAUCUCUGCAUUCCAUCCAACAUAUUCAAAACCAAAUGGUUUCAGCCUCAAGCUCAUCCCCAGAGAGGCUCCUGAAUCUCCUUUGUACCCUGGAAACCUCACUCUACUUGAACGAAUUCAAAGAAUGAUCAAGUUCUCCGAAGCCAGAUCUCACUAUUUGGACUUAAUUUCAUCUUCAAAUUCCACCAUAGAACUUGACAAUAUAAGUCUUACUUUGCUUCGUGACAACUUCUUCUACAUGGUGCAAGUCGGCAUUGGAUCCCCAGCCACAGUUGUGUUCUUACUUUUGGAUACCGGCGGUAGCCUAAUUUGGACGCAGUGCAAACCUUGUCAAAAUUGUUACCCACAAGCAACUCCCAUUUACGAUUCAGCACAAUCGUGGAGUUAUCGAAAGCUUGCUUGCAACCACCACUUUUGUCAAGGUCCCCGGGCCCUUUACCAAUGUGUUAACGACGAAUGUGUCUACAACAUCAAUUAUGGUGGUGGGGCAUUGACUAGAGGUAUAGCUUCUAUUGAAAUAUUCACAUUUCCAUUUAACAUCACAACCACUCUACGCGUUGCUGACAUAGUCUUUUGUUGUUCGAACGACAAUCGAAACAUUCAAUUUGCGAAAAAUGGUGUCAUUUCGGGGGUGUUGGGGUUAAGCUUGAACCCUGAUUCACUAUUGUCCCAGUUGGCUGAUCAAACCCAAAGACGUUUCUCAUAUUGCUUGGUUCCUUUUACUGAAGCACAAAUGGCUCCUAGUGUGGUAAGGUUCGGGGAUGAUAUACCAGCACCACAUGGAGGUAUUAGCACAACUCCUUUUGUAACACCACCAGGAUCUCCAUUUUACAACUUAAAUCUUUUGGAUAUAAGUGUUGGAUCAGGCAAGUUAGGGUUUCCACCGGGUACCUUUGCAUAUAUAUAGUCAAAGUGGUACCCGUGGUUUCUUCAUUGAUUCAGGUGCCCUAAUCUCUCAACUUGAUCAAAAUGCCAAUGGACGUAACACGUACCGGGAGGUUAUGAGGGCAUUUCAAAACUAUUAUGAUUCUCUCCAUCUUACCAGAAUUGGUCGGGUGCCUGAAGGGUUUCAAUUAUGUUACAGCUAUACGCCGCAGUUUACUCAAUUUGCCUCUAUGACAUACCACUUUGAGGGUGCUAAUUAUGUUGUUGAUCCAAGAUAUGUGAACUUUUAUAAUCAUGAGGCAGGUCAUUUUUGCGUAGCAAUGAUGCCAGGUAAUAGGAAAUCUAUAC